GCCAUGUCAUUAAUCUUGUUAGCCAUGUCAUCAUUUUUUUUGUAAAAAUGAUUGUAGAUAGAACAUGUGGCAAAAUCACUUCGUAAAUAUAGUCUAGGGAUAUAUAAAACAAUCGAAUAUCACAAGAUAUAUAUAUUUUUUUUUAUAAAAUAUAAAUAUAUGUGAUUGUAGUAAUAACCAAACUAAUGACGAAUAACAAUCACUGAUAAAGAAAAAAAAAUCAAAAAUAUACUGAAUCUUUCAGUUUGUAUUUUUUAGUAUCACUUUAUUUUGAAGAACAUAAUAUUGGGUUUCACCAAAUAGAAUCUAACACUCCCCUACUUACGAUAUGUAUUUGAUGUAUAAAGAAAUGAGUCGCUCCAAGAACCAAGAUUAUGACCCAAGUCAAGCUCUCUCUCUCUCUCUCUCUCAUCUACUUUAAAGACAGUACUCAACUUUAAAGACAGUCUCUUAAGUCUCUUUCCAUCACGACCAAGCUGAGAAAGAGAAAGCAACAAAGAGAAAAAGAAGAAGAAGAGAAAGCUUCAAUACCAAAUUUCUUUAAUAAAUCUGGCCUUUGGGCUGUCUCCUUAUUAAGUAAUUUGUAUUUCUUAGAAUGUCUUUGACAAUGGAUGAUGAUGGUGUAGAAGCACCAAGAGGAAGAAGCAGAAGAAGAAACAGCUUAUUAAGUAAACAACUCGCUGUAGCUGUAAAAAGUGUUCAGUGGAGCUACGCAAUCUUCUGGUCCUCUUCACCAACUCAAUCUGGGGUUUUGGAGUGGGGAGAAGGAUGUUACAAUGGAGAAAUGAAGAAGAGGAAGAAGAGAUACGAAGUUCAUUAUAAACAUGUGUUGCAGAGAAGCAACCAACUUAGGAAACUUUAUCUGUGUAUGCGUGAAGGAGACAGUACUAAUACUAUUAGUACUACUCAUGAUGAUGGUUAUCACAACUGUAACAAUACAACAAGUAUGCUGCUGUCACCAGAUGACCUCUCAGAUGAAGAGUGGUACUAUGUAGUCUCCAUGUCCUAUGUCUUCUCUCCUUCGCAAUGUUUGCCAGGAAGAGCUUUGGCCACGGGUGAGACCAUAUGGCUUUGCAACGCUCAGUACGCGGAUAGCAAACUCUUCUCUCGUUCUUUGUUAGCAAGAAGCGCAUCAAUUCAGACUGUUGUGUGUUUCCCUUACUUGGGCGGUGUGAUUGAGCUUGGCGUCACCGAAUUGAUUUCAGAGGAUCCUAGCCUGCUUCAACACAUCAAAUCUUGCUUGUUGGAGACAUCGAAGCCCGAUUGCCCUUCUAACAACUUCUCUGCUCACCAAUACAAUGCUGAUGAUGAUAAGAAGAAUCAAAUGAAAAUUAAGAUAAGUGAAGUAAACUCGGCACUCCAAGAAAACCCACAGAUUCAGUUUGGUAUUUCUGAUCUCAUGUUGGAUGAAGACUUGCAUUACAAGAGAACUGUCUCAACACUACUCAAAUACGCUGCUGAUAAAUCAAAAAUGAAGAACAGUCAUCAUCGUCAACCCGAACUUGUUUCUUCUAAUUCUGGCUCUAGUUUCUUGCGGUGGAAGCAACCAAGCUCAAAUCUUCUUCUGAAACAUAGCAAUUCACAGAACGUGCUGCGGAAGAUAUUGCAUGACGUACCUUUGAUGCACUCCGUAGACACAAAGAGACUGUCCACAAAUAAGAUGUUUGGUCUGAAUCAAGAUGAUCCUUCGGUUAAAAGAAAAGAGAACGAAAAGUUCAGUGUCCUUAGAGCUAUGGUUCCCACUGUCAACGAGGUUGAUAAAGAAGAGAUACUGAACAACACAAUCAAGUACUUGCAAGAACUAGAGGAAAGAGUAGAAGAGCUAGAAUCUUGUAUGGGAUCUGUUAACUUCGUAGGGAAACAAAGAAAGACGAAAAAGAGCCUUAACGACUCUGUGUUAAUCGAGGAGACAUCAGGGAACUACGACGACAGCACGAAGAUCGAUGGAAACUCAGGAGAAACCGAACAAGCUGUCACUGUAUUGAGAGAUGAGACACAUUUUAGAGUUAAACUGAAAGAAACAGAAGUUGUGAUGGAAGUAAGAUGUUCUUACAGAGACUACAUUGUUGCGGACAUCAUGGAGACUCUGAGCAAACUUCACAUGGAUGCUUUCUCUGUCAGAUCUCAUACACUUAAUGGGUUCCUCACACUUAAUCUCAAGGCAAAGUUGCGUGAGGCUGCAGUUGCCUCAGUAGGGAUGAUUAAGCGAGAGCUGAGGAGAGUAAUUGGAAGGCCUGUGUAUUAUGUGUUGUUACAAUGUGGGACAAAGGAGUACCGAAGCAAAUUGUCAAAAGGUCAUAAUGACAACGCAUUGUGGAACCAAAAGUUUGUAUUCGAUUUCCCAAUGUCUCAAUGGAAGAAGCUGACACAUAUCAAAUUUAGAACCAUGGACAAAGAGCUUUUCAAAGAUGGUGGAUUUGUAGGUGAAACCAUAAUUGAUCUUAAAGGGAUAAUAACCGAAGGAGGUGACAGAGGAUACAUGGAAGUUAAGCCAGCUCCAUACAAUGUUGUUCUUGACGAUGAUACUUUUAAAGGCGUCUUAAAACUCGGAUUCAGAUUCACUGCAGCGGAUAAAUUGCGGAGGAAGGCAUGGGAACAGAAGAUAGAGGGCAAAAACAGUGAAGAAGCAAUGAAUUCUACAACUCUGACUCUGAUGAAAGUCCCUUUGGUACGGUUUCUCCUGUACUGCUUCCAGAAAACAACCAAAUAUCAACUAAAAGAUAACUAAAAUGAUUUAAGAGGGUUAGCAUUAAACCUCUUUUCUUUAUCAAAUCUAUUUUUUUUCAGAAUUGCAUAAUAUGUAUAACCCGAUUCCACAUCCAUCAAGUAUAUUUAAUUUCUGAGUUUGUGCAAACAUUUUAGGUUCACAGCUGCAUGGGCAAGUAUGCAAGGUCUCAUCAUCUCAUCAAUGCACAACUUCUUUUUUGUUUCGUCGACUAUAAGCAAUGUUCUAUUCGUAGCUAGGGUUUCUCAAUCAAUCCUUUCAUGGUAUCGUGAUGGGCAAUAAUAAGAAACUUUCCAUGACUUUAAUUUUUUCACCUUCAACCUUUAAUGUAAUAAAUGGACAUGCAUGCAUUUAUAAUUUUCGAAGUAACAUUUCCUUACUUUCAUUUAAUUUCUCAGCCAGUCCUAAAAACCUUUUUCUGAAUUAUUAUUUUCUUUAAGUUACGUUUUUUGCUUAAGUAUUUUAGGCUAUAAUUGAUCUAAACAAAACACAUUGUUGUUUUGAAAAAAUAUAACAAACACACAGACACAGGUUUGAAUUAAUAAUUUAACUUUUUACGUAUAUUUUUUUGAACUAAUUUGAUGCAUUAAAUUAAAUGUAACUGAUAUGGUUUUUGGGCCAUAGAGUUUGUUACAAGUUUGAUGGAAACCAUAUAUUACAAAUGUUGUAAUACGUCUAUUUUUAUUUUUUUUUGUAUAUAAUUUCUUCUUCUUCUGAAUACGUUAGAUAUGCUAAAUAAACCACUACAAAUAAAUUAUAGCAGGUAUGUUUGAAUUUGAAAGUAGUUAAUAUUGUUUAAUACCAUAGUAUAUAUAAAAUAAUAACACAGAAAUUAAAUAUAUGAAUACAUAUGCGGGAUUUGUUACGACGAGAAAAUGGGACGCACGUCUGUCUCACGCACGAACCAUGCAAUAUACUCCAUAUACUUUCUCAUCUCCAUUACACUAAGUUAUCAUGUGCUAAAUUAUUACAGGUAUAUUAUUCAAAGUGAAAUAAUAAUAUAAGAUAGUCAUCUAUUAUGAGUUGCAGUUAAUCGUGUACACUACAUGGGGAUUAAGCUAAACUCCAACCAUGUGAUAAUUGGUCAAAAAGAUAAACGGUUGACACAAAGAUAAAAUAAAAUUUUCAAUAGAGGCGUUACAAGACCGACCAUCGAUUAAUUUAAAAUAAUACUUAUAAUCAUAUACGUUGAACAUUCACUCGUAUCCCAUCUAAAAUCAAGAUCUUUUCAUAAAAUUAAAAAUUUCAACAAAUUAAUCAGUAUCAAAUUUUUAAUUCUUACUUAAACAAUCCUGGUUUUAACAAAUACUUAUAAAUUUACGUUGAGAUCUCUAGCGAUGAAAUUAGGAUAAAGAUAUAUAUAUAUAUAUAUAUAUAGAUUAUUUUAUUUAUUUGGGAAACGAAAAAGAUAAAUAAAUCGUUGGUAAAUCUACAAUUAUUAAUAAAAAAACAAAUGAUCAAAUAAACAAUUAUAUUUUGAUUGAAAAUUAGUAUACUCCAUAUAUUAAGCCAACAAGAAAACAAUAUAAUAGUAGCAAAUAGACAAAUAGUUGAACAUCUCCUAAAGAGGUAUUUCCUCAUAAUAAUAACCACAACACUUGUUGAAGCCAAGGAAAAGCCAACCUUCAUCAUUGUCUGGAGCACAAGAUCAACCGUCCUUUUUCAUCCACAUUACUCUCUUUUUUUCUUCCGGUCACCGGCUUCUUCACCUGAAAAGUUCCACAAGAGAGAGAGGGUUUCAGAAUCAACGGGAGGGAAUUGAGUUUCCAACGUUCGUUUAAAUUUUGCUUUAAACGGUUCAAAACUUCAAAACGAAUUGCAGAAGAAGAAGCUUUAAAG